AUGGUAUUGAUAUCACAGUUGCAUAGAAAAAUUGUCAUCACAUGCAAACGGGCUGCAAACGUAUGUGGUCAUGAAUUCCCUGCCCACUCCAAUGUUCUUGCAGCAGGCAGCACCUAUUUAACCUCUCUGCUGAGUGAGAAUGUACCCAGAAUCUACUCCCAGGGGUCGCCACAGACAAUAGAAGUUCAUGUAGACAGUGCUGAGACUGACAAGUCCUACAUUCUUGUUGUGGAGACCAUUUUGAAUUUCUUGUACACAGGGAGAUUACAAAUCCCGGUCAUAUUGCAAAAUAAACUGUCAGAAAUUGCAGGAAUUUUACAAGUUUCCCCUUUGAUAAAAUUUUGUCAGGGAAUAAAGAGCCAACAUCGCAAAAAGCAUGUUAGAGCAAAGGGUUAUAAGGUAGAAGAGGAUGAGGGUGAGGAAGAUUUAGACACCAGUCGCGUGCUUCCUCUCAGAGAUGAUGGCGGAGAGAGUACAGAUCUUGAGUCAAAGCUCAGUUCAACUGGCAGACCUCUGAGAAGCACCAGGUUGGGAAAAAGAAAAAGUUACCUUCCUCAGCGGAGACAAGGCAGUAAAGAGGACGAGCAAAUAAGUGAGAUGGAGCAGAAUGAAACCAAGUCUGAUGUUAAAGAAUCGCCAGACAAUACACCAAAGAAAAAGAAAAAAACUCGGUAUCAAUGUGAGAAAUGUGAUUUCACCACCUGUAAACCUAAGGAGCUCAGUAAACAUCAAGACUGGCAUAAGCAGCAAGAAAACAUAUGCAAAUUCUGUGAUGAACAUUUCGAGGAUGGUUCACAGCUUGAAGAACAUUUGGAGAAGCAUUCUGGCCCAGACCCUUACUUCUGCCCCAGCUGUGACCAACGUUUUAACACAAAAACAAAAUACAACAUGCACGCCCCUGUGCACUUCAAAGAAAAACCUUUUAUAUGUGAGACUUGUGGGGCUGGUUUCAAGUGGAAACACGCCCUGAAGAACCAUGAAGUGAUUCAUUCUACUGAAAAGAAACAUUUGUGCGACUUCUGCGGUUACUCCACCGUUCACAAAAGUCAGCUCAAGGCUCACAGACUAAUACAUACAGGGAAUAUGUUUUCUUGUGAGGUGCCGGGUUGUAACUUUAAGGCAACCAAACGCCAGAAUUUGAAAAAUCACAUGCUCACGCACACGCGUGAGAAACCACACCAGUGCGAAAUAUGCGGCACUGCAUUCUCCAUGGUGAAAAACUUACGCAGGCAUUCAAGUCUUCACACUACUGUUCGGCCUUUUAAGUGUGACAUCUGUGAUUUCUCCACCACCCGCAUGGACAAGCUGAGAGAACACCUAAUGAAAUCUCACAGCAUAGGAGAGCCACCCAAGAAAAGACAAACCCUAGAGCAGAAGUAUGGUGGCACAACAGCAGAGGAUGCUGAUAAGGAGGAAAAGAAACAAGUGACAAACAAACUCACAAUGCCCUUUAAACUCAUUUUCCCCAUGCAAGAAAAUCAGCUGUCGAUUGUUACUGACCCAGCAACACAUGGCCUUGGUGGAGACUCUAACAGGAGAGGAAUCAGCCACGUUGCAGAUCAGAAAUUCUUUGCCCAAGUUACCGAGGACAAUUUGGCACCAACGGGGCAGCAAUCUCAACAACCACAGCAUGGCCUACAGACGAGUAAACAAUUUCCGUACCUCACCAAGGUGAUCAUACCAGCAGGGACCCAGGAAAACAGCUUCACGCUCGCAGACUCGGCGCAGUUCAUUACCCAGAAUGCCUGUGUCACUGAGCACGGGUUAAUGGUGACGUCACAGUGUGACACACAUUUGGUGACAAGUAGGGGACAGAAGCUGAUUGUCACCCAGGGGGAGAUAUUGGGAGGAGAGGGGGGCUUCCAACAGACUACGUUAAACAGAGUGCCCCCCAGGGAGUUUAAUCUAGAGAAUAUUGACGUAGUGCCAGUUGAGAGUUACACAGAUUCUACAUAA